AUGUACGGUUCUGAUACUAAUGUAAGUAAAAUGAAAGAUAAACAUGUAAUUUUAUCUGAAUGGGUUAACCCUAGAAAGAAACGUGUAUAUGAAUCGGAGGACGAAUUAUCCACCGGACAGAUAUCCGCGGUACAAAAACCGGCCUGUUGCACGGAGAACAUGCUAAGCUCACUAAAAGAAACGAUGGAUUCAUUACGUGAGGAAAUGAAGAUCAUGAUGCAUACUCUUAAAGAAAUGAAAGACCAACAGGAAACACGUUUUGGGAAUUUUGAAAAAGAUAUGUCAGAUAUAAAAAUUACAAUAUGCCAGUUGCAGAAAACUAAUGAAGUCGUUGACGACUCAUUGGAUUAUCUCGGCAAAAAAUGUUCAAAACUGGAGAACGCCAUCGAGGAGGCGAACAACGUCAUCAAAAUACAGGAAAAUAAAAUAAAAGAUCUUUCCCAAAAAAAUGUUUACCUGGAAAAAUAUAAUAAGGCUUUAGAGGAACGUGUCUGCAUGUUGGAACAGAAGGGGCUGGACUGCAACAUAGAACUGUUAAAUGUCCAGGCACCAGAAGGAAUGAGUACCAUACAGAUAGCCAGAGCGGUUGCAGAUGAAUUGAAUUUAUGUCCAGAAAAAAUUACCAAGGCUUGGAGAGUGGGAAAGAUAAAGGAUGGGAAGGACUCGAGGCCAAUAAUUGUCACACUUCAAACACGUGAAGACCGAAUCCAGUGGAUAGGGUGCCGAAAAAAUGCCAUCACUAAUAGCGCAAUAUUUAAAAACAAUAACAAUACGAGAUUAAUGAAAAUAUAA